AUGCUACGCAGCGCAAUGCAUCAUCAACAGCAGCACCUUUUCACCACUGCGGCCACCACCACUGCCAACAAAUUACAAUUGCCUUCACCACCAUCUGGAAGGCACUCGCAACAUCUAUCAACAACCUCCAAAGCCUCUUUGACGCUGGCAGUGUGCUGCUGGCGGCCAGCCUGGUGUCGAACGCCCAGUGCAUUACAGCAUUUACCAGCGCAACGCAACACGCGCAUCGAACCGUGGGUCCGUCCUCGGCGAGCACGCUUCUCCUCGUCAACCACCCGGCUGAAUCAACGACGCGUCUGCAAGAAUCGACGGACAAACAGCUCUGGCAUCGCAAAUCCAGAUCUUCACGCAAAGAGCUCGAUCCCUCGAUCCAUACCUGAGAAGCCGUCGAAGCAGCAGCGCAGUUACAAGUCCCUCCAAGAGAAUUCUGCGCGUAUUGGUGGCAGUACCGGCAAGACAUUCGCAAAUCUACGGACCAAAAGGAGCGCGCAGAAAGUGGUCCAAGAAGCACGACAUCGUUGCCGUGUCCCUGGCAUGCUCGAAUGGGGUGGCCAAGUCGACAAUGCUCCAUCAAAUCCAUCCCAGCUUGAUACACGAGUUGUAACCACCGCGCGGCCGUCACAGCAACGCAUCCCAAGUUCCUCAGGAUCCUGCAGCAUGGCAGCGCAUCGCAAUCAUACUGUGCAGUCACGAGAAGCUCCCGGCUCGAACAGUCUAGGAAGAGUUUCGAGCACGAUUUGGGUCACAGACGGAAGAUGGGCAGAUCGCAGCAAGAGCCGGGACACCGGUACUAUGAGACAACGACUGCCUUGCCUUCGUUUAAUUUGCCCACGGUCCACGGAUAUCGAAGGCUCCUUGUUGGAAGACGGUGGUCGUGAAUCAGGGCUUGCGCUGAUAAGUUCUUUUCCGUCCUCUGAACGACCAUCUUUCCAGCCCCUGGGUCUUAUCUAUCAGCACGGAAAUCGAAACGAGGUCCUCGACCAGCAGAGGCCGGCGACGCGGAUCUUCGGACUGAAUAGAGCAUUGCACAAUGCCACUGGUUACUCUAUAGGCGACAGUCUGCCAUCGCCACCAAUGCCUUUUUCGAAAAACCAUUUGCAAGUCGACAUCGAAGGAUCGAAAAGCAACAUCGCUACGACUCCAAUGCUUGGCCACCAUAAGCCAGAUCGAAGGAUGUGCAAUCUCACAGCUUCGAGCGUUGACAGUUAUCGCCGCCAACGCUUUUUCGGAUGGGUGGGCAGAGAGCGUUCGACUUCGCUAUUACACCAUGCGGAGAGAGAUGAAGAAUUAAGGCCAAAGCGAGCGUUCGGUUUCGCGAUUACGUCGUUGGAUAUGAUACCUUUAUUUCCGAAGACGCAACGCGGAGAGAUGGGUGAGAAAGCAGUAGCCACUUCCGGAGAUCUUCUUUUUCAGUCUGCUGCGACACCAUGCGGCGGUGACAAAGACCGUUGGAGGGCGAGACAGCAGCGUGAGUCCAGGACGAUAUUAUAUGGCCACUACCUUACGAAUCCUACGUGCGCUGCAUGGCCAGAUUCAUCUUCAUCGAAAUGCUCAGUCCCGGCUGAGGGAUAUGACGCGGCCCAAGCUCAUCGACAAAAAGCUUUGGGAGUUGCUCCAAACGACGUUGAUUGUAUCCCUUGUACUUCUUCUCGAGACGAUCGACUGGAACGAACGAUGCAGCUUGCAGAGUCCACAUUCAUCCAUAAAACCACGCAGUCGUCACUCACGAAUAUCAUCGACUUGAUAACUGGUCUGGCCUUGCCUGUUUUUCCCAACCUCAUUUUCGUAUGGAACUGCUUCUUACAGGACUGCUCCACUGGAAACUUCCAACAGGCCAGGAUUGGCCACCUCACACAGCCUGCCCCAGUCGGUCAGGAGAACGAUAUCACCGUCUUGAAGAUGCCAUAUUCCGUGCUCCAGAGCAACACAGUACAUUGGACUGGCUUGAACUUGAAAUGGAAACUCGCCAAGCAGCACCGAAUCUUCCUCAACCACCACCAGACGAGGCUCGGUCCGCGGAAUGCAAGACGCUUCGUUCCACGUACUCAAUGUUGGACCGAUCAUCGCUACCAUUCUCGUAUUGCAGCACUCCACUAUCGAACUGAGAACUGCCGAAACGACCCCAACUCCCUCGUCUCGUAUUGGCUGAAGGUAUCAAGCGAGCCGCAUUUCGCACACGCUACAGUGGUUGGUGCACUGGGCGAUUGGAGUUCGGAAGAUUUGGGCCAAGUUGAGGUUGCCGGAAUGGAGCUGGUGACUGAUGCAAAGCGGACGAGGCUGAAAAGAGAUCCUGAUGGCAUCGGCAUCCUGAAGCUACAUGUAGUUUCGUAG